AUGGCAAGGCUGCUGGGUGCAUCCUCCUUAUCGACCUUGCCAGGCUGUACGGACGGGCCAACCCUGCAAUCAAAGACGGGACACGGGCACUCUUGUCAUAGAUCGUCUCGUAUCUCUUCAUCUUGUUGGCCUGGCAUCUCAGCUCCUGGAGCCACUCUGGACCUCGGCGCGUCAUGCCCCUCUUCCUACCCCAAGCAUCCCCUCAUUUCAUCCAAACAGCCGUCGGCGCAGCCAUCCACUAAUAUCAGUGUCAAUGCCAACCCGGCCGCCAGCACCAACGCGAAGCUGAGAGACGGACGUGAACGGAAUAGCCAGCAAUUGUGCAGUCGUCCUACACUGAAAUGUCCACCAGUCGUACGAAAGUCGUCAUGCCGUAUCGUUGUACCGCCUUUCCCGCCUAGCCGUGCACGUCAAGAAGAAGAGGCGGGACAGACCAACACCCAGGCUGUUUCCACGCCGAAUCCGAGACGAAUGGUGCCCUGGAGGCCGUUGCCUCGUAUCCUCAUUGCGCCCGUCACCUCGUCCUUGACCCCCGUAUGUGAAUCAAUGAGGGAGGAGUCCCGCGUUGCUAGCCAUGUUACACCAAACAGAAUCCAGCCAUCAUGUCUUGUCCGUGGCAUCUAG